AAGAUAACUAAAGAUAAGAUAAAUAAGUGUUAUAUCUUGCAACUGUUUCACCUUUUUUGACCCUAGAGCAAUAUUUGAUAAAAUAGGUUCUGUGACACUUAAUCAUUGUUCAUUUAUGUAAGGUACAAUGAUGUUGGAUAACCGUGUUGUGUUUCUAGGAUAUUUACUUGUGUCAGCGCUUUUCUUUUACUGGGUGUUACUGGAGGCGUACAUCUAUAUUGGUGUGCUGGUGUUCCUUCAUGUGGCUUACAAGAAGUGGAAGAAAAACAGCGCUCAAACCAUUGACCCUCAUGGCAAGGCAGUGCUUAUCACUGGUUGUGAUACAGGGUUUGGUCACCAGAUUGCCCUGCGGCUGCACAACCAGGGUUUCACAGUGUUUGCAGGAUGUCUGUUCCCUCAGGGGGAUGGGGCAAGGGCGUUCCGUGACAGGAAGUGCGCCCGUCUGCAGGUUCUACACCUUGAUGUUACCAAGGAUGACCAUGUGAAAGAGGCAUUGAAAGCAAUCAAAAAGAAGUUGCCAGCUAAUGGACUGUGGGCCAUACUUAACAAUGCUGCGAUAAACUACAUGGUUGACAUCGAGUUUUCCUCCAUCGACCUUAUGAAGCGGAUUGAGGAGGUGAACUACUAUGGCAUGGUUCGUGUCACCAAGGCUUUCAUACCACUCCUGCGCACAUCUAGAGGUAGAAUCAUCAAUGUAACGAGUGUGAAGGGCCGUAUUGCCCUGCCAUCUGAUGUCGCAUACACGACCACCAAGUGGGCAGGAGAAGCGUUUUCCGACAUUCUCCGACGUGAAAUGUAUAGGUUUGGCAUCAGGGUUGUCCUUAUUGAGCCCGGCAACUUUGGAGGAAUCACCGGGAUGUUGAAUACGGAAACUUUAAGCAAGAUGGAAGCCACAUUAGAGGAGUGCUGGACUCUUGCUUCGGAUGAAGUUAAGGAGGCAUAUGGACGAGAAUACAUAAACCAGCAGGUAGCGGGUCUAAAGGCUUCGGGGUCAACGAGCGCUCCUGAAGUGGAGCCAGUGGUUGAUGCCAUGCAGGAAGCCGUGUGUAACACAAGUCCAGAGUACCGGUACCUCAUCCAUGGCAGUAGCAAGCCACUAGACUGGUACUGUGUAUGUGCAAAGAUGAAUGAGUUGUUGCCAGAGGGAUUUAUGGAUUGGUUCCUGGAGUUCACCUCACCUCUCCCACCUGUCGCCAAGCAUGUCUGAUGUAAUCCUCAGGCCCCAAUUUCUCGAAACUUAUUAAGUCCCUUAUAACAGAAUUAAGCUAAGCUCACUUUUUUUUUCAACAAUUUGCUUACUAUUUACUUCUUUAAGAGUUUUUAGCUCGACUAAUCGAAAAUUAUGGAGAGCUAUUCUACUCACCCAAGCGUCAGCGUCGGCGUCACACCUUGGUUAAGGUUUUGCAUGCAAGCACACAUAGGUUAAUAUCUUAGCAACUACUUGAUGUACUGCAUUGUGACUUUAUACAAUGGUAUUCAACCACCCAACCUACUUGAAUAACCAAGUUAGAUAACUGUUUUUUGCAAAUAAUGGCCCUUUAUUAUUAGACUUAGAAAUUCUGGUUAAAAUUUUGCAUGUAAUCACAUUUAUGUUAAUAUCUCAGCAAAUCAUGUAUUGCAUUGAAAUCUAAUCUAACAGUGAUCCAUGCAUGUUUUGCCAAAACUUUUCAAUCCUUACACUGAAAAGCGGCCGAAUAGACGAGUGCGCUGUCUCUGUGACAACAUCUUUGGUUCAUUCAUCAAAUUUCAAUUAUACAAAGUAUGUAUUUUGGCUAAUUGAAAUAAGCUACUUAAGCCUGUUAAGCUCAAGAAGUUUCGAGAAAUAGGGGCCUGACGUUCUGACAGCAGUGACAACUAUACAAUUACAUUAUACAUGAAGCUUCGCCAAAUUGUGUGAACAGUUCCGAGUUUUCUUCUGUAAAAGACACUUACAUCAGUAUUCAAGUGUUCAUCAUGAUUUGACAUAUUUGUUGAAAUAAAAUAUAAAAACUUU